UCCAAUCAACUGAAUUUAUCACAGGUGGACUCCAAUCCACUGAAUGUCCCACAGGUGGACUCCAAUCCACUGAAUGUCCCACAGGUGGACUGCAAUCCACUGAAUGUCCCACAGGUGGACUCCAAUCCACAGAAUGUCCCACAGGUGGACUCCAAUCCACAGAAUGUCCCACAGGUGGACUCCAAUCCACAGAAUGUCCCACAGGUGGACUCCAAUCCACUGAAUGUCCCACAGGUGGACUGCAAUCCACUGAAUGUCCCACAGGUGGACUCCAAUCCACUGAAUGUCCCACAGGUGGACUCCAAUCCACAGAAUGUCCCACAGGUGGACUCCAAUCCACUGAAUGUCCCACAGGUG